CCUGAGACUGUAUGAGGUGAGGCCUGGUUGCCAAGGCAACUGCUGUCCUUGAGGCUGUUGCUGCCUUAACCUCUCAGGUGGUGUGUCCACCCCUUCAGUUGCCAUAGGCCAGGUAGCCCUUCUCCCUCAGCCACCAUGGCACGGCAUCUAAAUAUGGACACGCAGCGACAAAAUUUCUGGAAGGAAGAGUACCUGAAGGAGAUGAAGUUGCGUUGUGAUUGGCACCGAAAGUACGGGGCAAAGGUGAAAGCCAAGCAGGUGGCCAGGGAUGCCACAAGAAAGGUCUUCAAACUGCCUACCUUGGGCCCUAAGGCCCCACCUUCUCCACCUCCACCAAAAGAGCCUCCCAAACCCCCUCCUCCCCUCAAGGAGGCUCCUGCAGAGACAGAAAUGUUCCCAGUGCCACCAGAAACACGGGAACUGCUGUACCAUGGAAUCUCUCAUGAUUUCCAGGGUCGAUUCAACUACUUGAAAAACCGCAAAAUUGCCAAACCAGAAGAGCGUUAUCUCUUUCCUGUCACUACCAACUUCACUUAUGGCUGGCAGUUGGGCCCCCCAGUGGAACGAACGCUGGUCUCCUGUAAGAUGUGCCGGAUAGAAACCUUCUUCCGCAAGAAUGGGGCCUUUGCUCUACUCGACCCCAAGGACGUAGCCCUCUGACCUUGGGCUGGGGGGGAGGGU